GUUUUACGAUCUGACGAAAAAAUAAAAGUACGCAGAUACUACGAGGAUUGUAGCGGUUGGUUCCGAAGAACAGCUUAGAGUCACCGCGAAUAGGACAAAGAUCAGCUCCAGGUGAAGAAGAAGGAUGUCGUCGAGUCCACGCCAGUGGAGAAGAGCGAGGAGAGUAGUUGCAGGUGCGGCUCAGCUUCCCCGAGAGGUGCAGCUGCAGCAAGUACUUGGGUUUACCUUAUGUCACUGGGGCUAGGAAUUCAAAGUACCAGUGUAUUGAUACCAAAAGAUUCACCAUACUGGAUUCUGCUCUGUUAAGCUCAUCCUUAGCAGGGAACAUGGCUACCCAGGGACAGAGUAACACCAUUAAUGGACCUCCUGGAGUUUCGUCUAGUAAAAAUGCCAUGUCUGUAUCACCUCAACCCCAACAGCAACAGCAACAGCAAAGCAAUAACUUUGAGCCUUUGGAUAAGAGCUCGUCAAACACAUUAAAGCGUAAUCCAAAAAUGGAAUUAUGUAAGACAGAUCUGCUAAAACUACUUGGUUAUUUAGAAGGUGAACUACAGGCUCGUGAUGUUGUCAUAGCAGCCUUAAAGUCUGAAAAAAUGAAGCAUUUUCUAAGUUCAAGAUAUCGAAGUGGAACCACUGAUCCUCAUUCAGCUCUAGCAAGAGAUUCAGCCCUUGUAGGUGGAGCACUAGGUCCUCAGCUAAGUCAAAUAGAUCAAUUAGGUGCAACUCUUGAAGCGCUAGUUACUCGACAAAGACGUAUGUUGAGUCAUAUGGCCAAAAUCUUAAAGAGUGCUGAACUUAGACAUAGAAUGGUACUUAAUGAACUUGAAGAAGAAAUGCAAAAGCAUGACCAUGAUACAGCUCAGGGUGAUGAUAUUACGUAUGGCCUUGAGAAGGAGAGAAUUAGAUUGAAGAAAGAACUAGAAGCAGAAAAACAAGAAAAACAGCAUCUUGAAGAUGAGAUUAAAAAAAUGAAUGACUUGCUGGAUGAUGAAAAAAAACGUCAUAAACAGAUUGUUCUUGUACUCUUAGCAGAACGGAAGAAGAUUAUUAUGAAAUACAUUGAGGAGCGCAAAAGAUCCGAGGACCUAUCACAAAUUCUCGGCGAAGAAAAGGUACGAACGGAGUCAAUGGCAAAGGGCCUCGAGGAGGAAAGUAAGAAAUCUUUACUAAUGGGAGCUGAAAUGGAGGAGCAGCAGGUACAGUUCGAUAUCUGUAAGACAGAUUUCCUUAACACCAUAUAUAGCAAGGAUAAAAAAUUGGCGGAACAGCAGAGCGAACUUGAGAAGGUCAGGGUCGAGCUGGAGGUAAUGAGGGAACAACAGCCAAGUCGUGGAGCCGUUAGAGGUCUCGGGGUCACACCGCCACCACCACCGCCCCCAGCGAAGCCCGUUCGUACAGACUCGAUAUCGGAUGGCCUGAAAAAAGAGAUGAAGCCAUUUCUAAUGGGGACGGAUCUCGAGGAGCAGCAGUUACAAUUUGAGAUCUGCAAAUCGGACUUCCUUAAUACUAUAUUUAAUAAGGAUAAAAAGCUCUCCGAGCAGCAGGGUGAGCUCGAUAAACUCCGAGCCGAGCUUGAAGCUCUGAAGGAGCAGCAGCAGCAGACAACGACCCGUGGUCCUGUCAGAGUUCUCGGGGUCACGCCUCCACCACCGCCGGCCAAACCAGCGAAUCUCGCGGCGAUGCCGAAUCUUAGGACCGCAGCCACGCCUUCCACGGUCAAAGGGGCAGCCUUAGGAGCUGGUACGCCAAUGGUCAGCAGUAAAGUUGUACAACCAACAGCUACAGUUUCUAGUGUACCAGUCAGCGGGCCAACUACUGGUAUUGCCCGAUCUGUAACUCCGGGUCAGGUGUUACGGAGUCAUUGCGUUGGCUACGGACAAGGCAUCACGACAGCACCUGUUAUCGAAUCCAUGGCCCCCGCCCCCACGCAAGAGACCGCAUUUGCUGCUGCCACUACCCCUUCACAAGAGACCGUCGCUGCACAGGUAAACUAUAUUAAUUAUCCUAGCCAUUCGACAACAUCAACAAAACGACCCAGCGAUUUUAUUGCAUUCCCGCAGGGGCUGCAUAAGCGAUCCGCGACCGGAGCGUCGACUCCUGGGACUGCAAAGAAAUCACAGGUCGUGCAGGCGCAGCCAUCCUUGAUAGUGGCGGCACGGGGUGCACCUCCACCAGUACCACCCAACAAACCCGUAGUGCCGCCCAAAAAGGAGGUUGCCGCAGCCUUUCUUAGGCGAGCGGAACAACAGCAGCACCACCAUCAUCAGGAUUCUAAACAUUUCAUCAAACAGAUCUCAGCUGUCCAGCUGUCUAAUCAGCAGCAAUCGACGACAGUCGUAGGUACCACGAACGAUGAUGAGGUACGAGUCAGAGCUCUAUUCCUACUACGUAUGGAGCUAAUGGAGUUGUGA